GUUAUCUUCCUUCUCAGCUACUUACUGUCUGUUUUGUUCUUUCAUCUUCUUCUUCUUCCUCCUCCUCACUCCUUAUGAUCUGAUUGCUGUCGCUCGUUACUUUCACACUACUUUAUUGGUCAUUCACUGUUGGUAGGACAGUUUCUCUCGUUUAUAACUACUUGUUUCUUUGAUAAUACUUAUUAUUUUUUAACGUCUACAAGGCGGCCUGGUGCCCCUUAAUUCUUACCUGCAUAUCCUGUAUACUCUCUUUUUUAUUUUUGAAGUUAUCGCUACCAAGCUUCCAGCUUUGUCUCUCGACUCUUUAUUUGUUACGCCCGCGCAUCCUCCUUUUCUGGGUCUACCACCUAGAGCCAGCCAAUUCGAUAUAGCACUAUGACUGUAUAGCAGUGCCAAACCAUCCAAUCCAAUCGCAAACGCGCAGAAACGAUUUAUAAUAGUCGACCCGUCCUCUCUCUCCACGAAUCUUAUCCGAGGUCUAUCUGACUAUACUCGCGGAUCGUCCAGUCGGAACUCGCAUAGUGGACGCCGGACAAGUCAUCGCAGACAACCCAACCCGCAGGAAACAUUCAAGUCGGGUGGAUCGUUGGGAUAUGUUGACGCCUUGAGACUGGUACCAGCGCGCCUCAUAGUGGAUGCUUGGAGCUAGAAGGGAAAGAGGUCAUCUUCAACUCUAUUGCCUGGCGGUCCAAAUGCUAUUCCGUGGUUGAAAGGCUAUUGUUUUAUUCGACAUGGAAUCGGCUUCCCUGCCUCAGCCUUCGCCGUCGUAUUCGUCUCCUGCGGCUUCUCGCACGCUGCCUACUCAUGUUCUCGAAAUCGACGACAAUGAUACCCAUACCGGUGGAAAUUCUCGAAGUGGCCGCCGCAGUGGCGCGGGACUCGCAGGUCUGAGAGGUCGUGUCGAGGAUCGAAUAUCGAGAUCUAUGCUGUCGUCGCCUCGUCCGGUCGUUGAUACCAACCCCACGGCUGAUGGGCCACGAGGUCCUUACGCUCAACUCGACUAUCAGCCGACUGCAGACAGCAAUCGUGGUGGUGUUCGACAACGUCCGGUGGGAUGGUGGGGGCAUUUCGCACACUGGUGGCGCGAACUAUUGAGCCUCGACUCGCCUUACCGGUCGUCUGGCUCCAUCCUGCGGGCAAAGGCAUACAGAAAGAAGCUCAUCACCCUUGUCGCUUCGGCGGCUUUCCUCAUUGUCGUCCUCGCAGUCUUCCUGGCAUUCUCGGUCGCCAACUCCAACCUCGGCCAGGAGCUCUACAUCCUCUUGAUAUUCAUGCUCCUGAUCCUGUCGAUUGUCUUCUUCCACUCAUUGAUCCGCUUCUUCAUGGCUAUCGGGCGAGGGUCACAGCUCACCGGUAAUCACAUACCGCACAAUGUAGGACCAUCUGGUUACGCCCAGCCAGAGCGGCCCAUCCCCGUCGUUCUCGCGGGAGACGAAGAGCUCCUAGCAGAGAGCCAUCGUUCCGCCCAAGAAAAAGUCCCUCCCCCUCCACCGGCCUACGGUCUCUGGAGAAGUAGCGUGAGAAUCAACCCCGAUCUGCUGUAUUGGCAGCGUGUGGAGGAGCGCGCGCGCUCAUCCAAAAAGGCGGAUAGAGCCUCGAGAGGUGCAAAUAAGACCACUGCGCCCCGGCCUCCUAGCUAUACCUCUGACGAUGGGAUCGACUAUGUGGUUGACGCGCAACCUCGGUCGCUGGCGCAACAGCCUGGGUCUGAAGAUUCGGUGCGCCACUAGCCCUCAGUGCGUAUUUGGUUACUCGACCUCUUCUAUCUCAGCUUUUCCAUCAUCAGAGGCGUUCUGUCAUUUCCUUGGGACUUCUCGAUAUCAUAUUUAAGAACGGCGUUGGCAUUUGCAUAGAUAUAGCGAUGAUUUCUAUGUAGCGUUAUUGAAUUUGCUUGAUAUUAUCGAUAAAAUGACAGGAUCAUUU